GUUCCCGUUGCGCGCUGGCUUCAGCGGCUCCCAGGGAGUAGAGCUGGAAAGGCGGGAUUUCGGCAGCCACCCACCAGCCGGGUCUGCAGGCACCGGCGCGCUGCGCCUCGCGUUAGUAACUCUCCUCUCCUGGUAUCUGGGACUUGCGUUGGAGAUGGGGCUGUUUCGAUGGCUCGCCGACUCCGCCGUGUGCCUGGUGCUUUAGUUGACGUUGGGUCCCGGCGCCUGCAGCCGGCGCGCUCUACUAUCAACUAGCGCGGGUCUGCGAGUGACAGCGCGCGGCGCGCCGGGGAGGGGACGCCACCGAGAGCCGGGCGCGGGGCUGUGCGCCUCGCGUUGGGGGAUCCCCGGAGGCAUCUGGCCAGCUGCGCGGCCCUUGCCCGGCCGGCCGAGCCAUGACGGACGCCAGCAACAGGAAGGAGGGCUUCAAAAAAUGCCGGAGCGCCACUUUCAGCAUCGAUGGCUACAGCUUCACCAUCGUUGCAAAUGAAGCUGGAGAUAAGAACGCUAGACCACUUGCCCGCUUCUCCCGGUCUAAGUCGCAGAACUGUCUGUGGAACUCCCUCAUCGACGGGCUCACAGGAAAUCUCAAGGAGAAACCACGGCCAACAAUCGUCCAGGACCCAAGGCCCCCGGAGGAAAUCCUAGCAGAUGAAUUGCCACAGCUGGAUAGCCCAGAAGCCUUGGUGAAGACAUCAUUCAGGUUACGGUCUUUGGUCAAGCAACUAGAGAGAGGGGAGGCUUCAGUCGUUGAUCUUAAGAAGAAUUUGGAAUAUGCAGCCACAGUGCUUGAAUCUGUAUAUAUUGAUGAAACCAGGCGACUUCUGGAUACAGAGGAUGAGCUCAGUGACAUUCAGUCAGAUGCUGUGCCUUCUGAAGUCCGAGACUGGCUGGCCUCCACCUUCACACGACAGAUGGGGAUGAUGCUCAGGAGAAGUGAGGAGAAGCCCAGGUUCAAGAGCAUCGUCCAUGCAGUGCAGGCUGGGAUAUUUGUGGAGAGGAUGUAUAGACGGACAUCAAACAUGGUUGGACUGAGCUAUCCUCCAGCUGUUAUUGAAGCAUUAAAGGAUGUGGACAAGUGGUCCUUUGAUGUCUUUUCCCUCAAUGAUGCCAGCGGGGAUCAUGCACUGAAAUUCAUUUUCUAUGAAUUACUUACACGCUAUGAUCUGAUCAGCCGUUUUAAGAUCCCCAUUUCUGCACUAGUUUCAUUCGUGGAGGCCCUGGAAGUGGGAUACAGCAAGCAUAAAAAUCCUUACCACAAUUUAAUGCAUGCUGCUGAUGUCACCCAGACUGUACAUUACCUCCUCUACAAAACAGGAGUGGCAAACUGGCUGACGGAGCUGGAGAUCUUUGCAAUAAUCUUCUCAGCUGCCAUCCAUGACUAUGAACACACCGGAACCACCAACAAUUUCCACAUCCAGACUCGGUCGGAUCCAGCAAUUCUGUACAAUGACAGGUCUGUGCUAGAAAAUCACCACUUGAGUGCCGCCUAUCGCCUUCUGCAAGAAGAUGAGGAGAUGAAUAUCUUGAUCAACCUCUCAAAGGAUGACUGGAGGGAGUUUCGAACCUUGGUAAUUGAGAUGGUGAUGGCCACGGAUAUGUCUUGUCAUUUCCAGCAAAUCAAAGCAAUGAAAACAGCUCUGCAGCAGCCAGAAGCCAUUGAGAAGCCCAAAGCCUUAUCCCUGAUGCUGCACACUGCAGACAUUAGCCAUCCUGCAAAAGCGUGGGACCUGCACCACCGCUGGACCAUGUCACUCCUGGAGGAGUUCUUCAGACAGGGUGACAGAGAAGCAGAGCUGGGGCUGCCUUUUUCUCCUCUGUGUGAUAGGAAGUCGACGAUGGUUGCCCAGUCGCAAGUAGGUUUUAUUGAUUUCAUUGUGGAACCCACCUUCACUGUGCUCACGGACAUGACCGAAAAGAUUGUGAGUCCGUUAAUUGAUGAAACCUCCCAAACCGGUGGGACAGGACAAAGGCGCUCGAGUUUGAACAGCAUCAGCUCAUCAGAUGCAAAGCAGCGAUCCGGUGUCAAGAGCUCUGGGUCCGAAGGCAGUGCCCCCAUCAACAAUUCCGUUAUCCCUGUUGACUAUAAGAGCUUUAAAGCCACUUGGACUGAGGUGGUGCACAUCAAUCGGGAGAGAUGGAGGGCCAAGGUGCCCAAAGAGGAGAAGGCCAAGAAGGAAGCCGAGGAAAAGGCUCGCCUGGCUGCAGAGGAGAAGCAAAAGGAAAUGGAAGCCAAAAGGCAGGCGGAAGAAGAUACGUCCAGCAAGGCCGAGAAAAAGACAUCUGGAGACACGAAGAAUCAAGUCAAUGGAACUCGCACCAACAAAAGUGACAACCCUCGCGGGAAGAAUCCCAAAGCCGAGAAGUCGGGAGAAAAGCAGCAGAAUGGUGACUUGAAAGAUGGUAAAAAUAAGACAGACAAGAAGGAUCACUCUGGAAAUGAUUCAAAGAAAACAGAUGAUUCAGAAGAGUAGAAAAGACCUCAUAAUUACUAAGAGAGGCUGCCAGUGUCUUGCAUCAUUUUAGCUGAGCUUCUUCAUUCUUCUUCUCCUUCUUCCACAAAGACCCCUAUCUGGGGAAGGUGUACAACUUCCAAAAACAAGUCCCCCACCCUUGGCCUUCUCUCACGCCAUCUCCUACCAGGGAUGAAUCCUGGCAGGUUGGUUUGAGGUCUUAGAACUCUAGGGGAUUUUCCCCUGAGCAAACAAAACCACUUGAGAUUUUUGCACAAGCAGAAACAAAACGUGAAGGGACUUCCUCAAAAUCCUUUGCUAAUGAUGUGGCUUUCACGGCACCUAUCUGGCCUGAUGAGAAUGGACAUCCUGGAUAUGCUGGGAGAGGCCCGGAAAAGCCAUACACACUGUACUUGCCAUUUUAUUACUGUCAAUGCCGUUCCUUGAAAUGUCACUUUUGCACUGGCUACUGAUGGUGGAAACAGCCAUGCUGGCCUUCAUCACAGCUAAAAUGAUGAUUUCAAUCUCUGGUUCUUUCCUGAGUUGGGAACAUUCAUUUUCUCCAGUUUUCUUUCAGAUUUAAAAAAUGUUCCUAUGCUUUUUUUUUUCCCUCCCAUUUGUAUAAUAUAAAAUUCUGUUUAUUUUUUUUAAUGAGACUAUCCUAUGGGAAUCUGUAUUUGAUGCUUAAUUUAUUUUAUCUGUGCAUUCAUGAAUAUGAAACUCAUUGUGUCAGCUGAUGACCCUCUUGUCAGGUGGGGACCCUGUUGUUUUCACUGGGUGCCAUCCAUAACUAAGGGGUUACUGAAAUUUUGACCACUGGUUGAUUGGUCCUCUUCUUUGUGAUAUCUGUAAUUUGACUACAUCCUUUCCUCCCUCCCCCAGGGAAGUGAUAAGGGACCUAGUAUCAGGGAGAUAGUUCAGAUAAUUUUUUUUAUUUUAGCGAGUCUUUACAAAUAACAGAUAGGAGUUGAUUAAUAGCACAAAUAGAUAAUAAAAAGUAGUAGAUGUAUCAGGGGAAAGGAAUAACGAUACUGCCCCCUGAAGCCAAAAUAAAAGUGGGACCCUUGGGCUGGGGAGAUAGCUCAGUUGGUAGAGUGCUUGCCUUGAAAGCGAAGGCCCUGGGUUUGAUCCCCAGUACUGCCAAAAACAAAACAAAACAAAAAUAUUUAGGGGCUGGGGAGAUAGCUCAGUCGUUAGAGUGCUUGCCUUGUAAGCACAAGGCCCUGGGUUCGAUCCCCAGCACCAAAAAAAAAAAAAAAAAAGUGGGAUCCAAUGGAGUGUAAGAAAAGCGUGUGAUUUUACAGAUCUAAAUGGUAUGAUUUGGAUAAAAGUGAUACUUACAAUGUGGCUGUGGAAUCCUGAGUUCUUCUCAAGAGUAAAUUACAUGAAUAUGCUGUGGUGAGGUGGGAUUAGGAAUAGAAAGUGGUCAGACAGUGGACUUCAGUGUAUUCCCCAUUGCACAUUUAAUUUCUACACUAAAGCACAAAAUCAGAUGUUUGAAAACCUCUGCUUGACUAAGGCAAAGUGUCGAUACUUCUUCAGACAGAAAGAAGGAGAGCCUAGGUGGUCUGCAAGGCCUUUUGGCUCACUGAAAUAUUCUCCAAAGGAAGAUUUAAAGAACUUGGUUGUGAAGAGUACCAGAAGCAUACUAAUGUUUGAUGGGUUUCUUCUGUCCAUUUUACAUUUGGCCUCAUAAGGACGCUUAUAUUUUUCCAUUGCUCUUCCUGUUUUCCUAACAGUGCCCACAGUAAAUCAUAUGAUCACAAAAUCAGAUGAUGUCAGGGGUCUACCCAGUCAAGUAAAUGAGUAAAGCAAGCCAUAUGAUGUUACAAUUAUUGUGAUGCGUGGCAAUUUAUCAUGGGCUUUGCUAUCAGGGAGACAGUAAGAACAGUGAGGACUAUGAGAAGUUGGCAAGAUUGGUACUGUCGAAAAGAGGCAGCCUAUAAUCAGCCACCAGAUUUGUACUAUGUAGCAACAGGGGUUCUAUGGAGGAAUGGGAAUUCUAGAAACCUAGAAUUGUUUGUAAAUCCUUUCCAAAUUUUUUACAUAUUGGCAACUAACUCAGAAACUUACAGUGUACAGGUCAAACAAAAUAUGUAGAUGAGCUGCUUGUAAUCCAUGGGCCAUUAGUUAGCAAACUGUUCUUAAAGGGGAUAUGAUUUUGUUUGGGUAUUAGAUAUUAUCUAGGCGAUGUCAGUUCUUGUCCUUGGAACCUGGACCUUUUACCUCAUUUCUAUUCUGUAUUUUUGUACAUGAAACUUUUUGUCCAGCCAAAACAGAAUGUCUACAGCUUCCAUUUUAUAAUCUAGCCAUCAACACUAAAGAGUAUUUGAAAAAGGAACAGGAAUAUAGCCAUUUUCAUAGCACUAAUAAAGAUGGAAAUAUUUUCAUUUGCUGUAAGUCAUUAAUCAGCUGAAAAAGAAUGGGAGGAGAAUUUUAUACUGUAUAGAACUUGGUCUAGAAAUCUCAGUGAGAGAAAACAAAAACUCUGUGUAACUCACUCUGACUUAAAUCUUUUAAAAAUGUUUUGAAGACACAUUGAGUAAAAAUGCAAAGUUAUCUAUUUAAAAAAUGCAAAACAAUGUAUAUUAUGCUAUGAAUUGGGGUUGGAGCUGAUCAAACAUUAGAACAACUUUCCCAAGUCAGUAUUGACUGGAAGAACAGUAUUUCCAAAGCUCUAGCUCAUUUUCUAGGGUCUUUUAAUUCUCUGGAAACAACUUUCUCUAAUUUGAGUUGUGAUAAUGGAUGAAGAUUGUUCCCUUGUGCCAAUGGUGGAAUGUGCCUCUGGUUUACACACACACAGCAGGGUGCACACACCUGAAUUGAGGACUGACCUGUGUGAGGUAGCAGUUAGAGACAUUCUCCCACCAGUCAACCAUAUGUUCUACAUAUUCCUAGGUAGAACCUGAUAAAUGGAGUUAGCCCUUGAGUUUGUGUGUCCAUGUCACUGAAUAGCUCCCCUUCCAGGUUGUUCUGCUGCAGUGUGGUUGGGUAGCAUAAUGAAUCAUCCUCAUAGAGGUUGAUGUUCCAUGUUUUAUUUAUACCUACCUUUCCUAGGCUCUGAACCCUAAUAGCUUAUGGAAGUGAGCAAAAGACUUGCUUCAAACCCAAUUCAAGUAGAUUUUCUUCCACUGUCCAUUUCAUUCUUAGAGCUUUUAAGAAUUACUAAAGACACAUGACAGGAUCCCAUUAUAGAGAUGACAUACUUAAACAAUAAAAUGAUACUAAAUAUAUGAAAGCCAAAGAAAAAUUCGAUGCACAUAUCCAUUACAUCUGUAAAAUUUAAGACAAUAUAACGUCCACCUGGUACCAUGUAUUUAUGUAAAAGUGAAAAAUAAGAAACAACAUUGUCAGGGACUUGGAGCAGGAGAGCAGACAAAAAGAGGAAGACAAAUUCCGUAAUCUGCAUUUUAGGAGUACUAGCCUUUUAUAAUAAUUUCUCUCAUGGAUCACUUUUCUUUAUAGAUGGAUGAAUAGAUAGAAUAUGUGACAUAUUUUCUUCUAGUCUUUCUUAAUGCCUAAACAGAGACUAGAUAAUAGUGAUUACUUUGUAAUGUUCCCCAUGAAGUUUGGGGUAAACAAAAAGAAAGAAAAAGCACACAAUCUUUUUUUUUUUUUAAUAACAGGAUAAAUUCUGAGAUCAAAAACCUAUGUAUAUUGAAUUAACUCCCAAAUAAAGAGGAUUUGGGGGAUUUGGGCAAUGAUUUUUCCCAGUUGGAAGCUUUGUUCUCCUGAUACUGCGAUGCCCGUGUGCAUUAUGAGAUUUGAUACUGGCCUGUCACAGUGCCUGGCACUCAGUCAGCAUUCAGGAAACACAGGUGAGAUUGUUGAAUGGAAUUCCAUUAUCCACCUGUGCAUGCAAACAAAAUUUAAAUUUGCCUAAAAAUGUAUUCGGCAUCUCCCAUGUGCCAAGUGCUUCACUUGUAUUCAUUAGGCUUACAUUUCAAAUAUAUGCAGACACACCCUGGUCACACAAAUAGCUUAUUAUAAGACAUGGGAAAUGGCAUGUAAUGUGGGGGAAAUGGUCAGAGCCAAGUUUAAGAAAAAAAAAAUUUCUGUGACCUUUUAAUUUAAGGGAAAUUAUAAAAAUCAUAACAACAAAACAAUUUAGAUUAUAUAGAGGGAAAUGAGAGGGAGGGGGUAUGAAAAAU